ACAGGAGUCCUUGGGCAGCCAGCUGAGGAUUGCUGGAAAUCAAACAGCCCCACCAGUGUUAUACAGACUGUAAUAUCACUUGCCUGGUCUGGGCCCAUGCAGUACAUAAACUGAGACUUCUGCUUGCACUGCUGCAUUCCUGCCUUAGAAAUCCUGGGGCCUUUAAUCCCAGGGAUCAGAAGAAGCCUUCAUUGGGGAACGAGCAUGGAACAAACCUGGAAAUGAAAAGGCAGCAGUGAAGGAAAUGAAAGCACAGCCCAUAUCAUUAGGUGUGCUGGUUUGCAUUCAAGAUGAGCUUGCUGGGAAAUUGUUACCUCUGCAAAGACUGCCCCUGGUCCUGUGGCAGUGAAGGGCAGGUAUAAAAGGCAGCCCAAGUCUCUGCUCCCUCAUCCACUUCUCUUGCUUCCUUCAGCUUGGGAACCAGGUGUACCUGUGGCCUCAAGACAUGUCCUGCAACACCCAGUGCCGUCCUUGCCAGCCCUGUGGUCCCACCCCGCUGGCCAACAGCUGCAAUGAGUGCUGUGUCAGGCAGUGCCAGGACUCCACCGUUGUGAUUGAGCCUCCUGCUGUGGUGGUGACCCUGCCUGGCCCCAUCCUCAGCUCCUUCCCACAGAACACCGUGGUGGGAUCAUCUACCUCGGCUGCUGUUGGCAACAUCCUCAGCUCUGACGGAGUGCCCAUCAACUCUGGGGGCUUUGACAUCUCCUCCAUCACCAGGCGCUACGGUGGAAGGAGGGGUCUCCCCUGCUAAUGGUUCUGGGCAUAUAUAGGUCUUGGGAAGUGUCCCCAGGAUCUCCAGGCAUGGUGCUAGACAAAGGAAGAAUCUUCAGGUCAUUUUUUU